CAGCGUAUGAAAUCUGCAGUACUGAACUGAACCUACGUGGAUCUUGAAGACGACCUAGUUGAACAUCGUACCGAUAUCCGGAUGGGGACUGGCGAUGUCUCUUUAGACUCACGCACCGGCAGUUUAGGCAAUGUUCCCAUUGUCGUCCUUCGGGCAGCUCUCUCAUUUGCCCUUACCCAUGCCUCCAAUAUGGCACAGCGAAACCGAAGGUCAAGGCUUCAGCCGCCCAUCCAACAGGGUUGGCGGCAAUGAUAGACCUCCUUUACUUUUCAUACCCAGCUUUUCAAGGUAAUCAUCAGUCGUGUCAUCUCAUUUGUACUUUCGUCGUAUAUACGCAUUAUUGUUCCCUAGUCAACAUUGAUUCUUUUGCAAUGAUUUGUACAGUGUGUUACGAUAUGCUUCGCGGUCAUUCUAACAUACAGUGGAGAGGCACAUUCCAAUAUUUAUACUUCUGCCACCACUCCAACAUUCAACAGCUACGGGAAAGUGCCCAUAGAAGCUGUUCUAUAUGUCGUAUUCUAUUGAUAGAGUUAUUGCGAAUUGAGGACAAGAAGAAAAAGCCCGUUCCCCAGAAUAUGUGGAGCGAGAUUUACAUUUACAUCCGCAAGCUGAGCUGGAACGCAUGGUUUGGACGAGGUCAAAGCGUAUCUGAGGAGCAAUUGAAUUUAAUCGAAGCUUACUUGUCUGAACAUUAUGUGGCCGGCCACGAUGGAAUCUAUCGACUUGAUUUCGAAUUGGUCGAUAAGACCAAGAUCGGAACAUUCGUGUUGCAGCGUCUAGACUGCAUUUCUGAGACGUCUGAGAGAGGAGAAAGUUCCACUCCGCAAAGGAUCGAACCGCUUACUCUUGACUCGCUUUAUACACCAAGUACCACCCGCACAUCCGCCGAUAGCGUGCUUACUCUAGCCAGGGAAUGGAUCGAGAAGUGUUCUCGAGAGCAUGAUGCUUGUCCUCUCAAGGAAGACUUCGACUCCUGGUAUCCGAGUAGAUUGUUAGACCUUGGUGAAGCGACCGAAUCCAAUUCUCGAGUAGAUUUCGAUCAUGUGCGACUGAUAUCAACGGAAGAAGUGCUUCGAAAUGGCCCCACCAAGGAUUGCUACUACGUAACUUUGAGCCAUUGUUGGGGCAAAGCUCAUUUCACGACGCUUACUGUAGACAAACUCGCGUCCUUUCAUGAAGGUAUCAAGAUUGAGAUCCUACCACGCACGUUUCAAGACGCUAUUUUUGUCGCUCGCCGACUUAGUAGCAAGAUCCGGUAUAUAUGGAUAGACUCGUUAUGCAUUAUGCAAGGGAGCAUUCCAGAAGCGUACGAGGAUUGGCUCAGAGAAUCUGCCCAAAUGUAUCAAAUAUAUCGAUAUUCUUACUGUAAUCUAUCAGCAACAGCUGCUGUCGAUAGCUCGGUGGGCCUGUUUUUCCAAAGGGAGCCACGAGAUUUGUGGGAGACUGACAUCAAUCUCAACGUGGAAGGUGUGAUUAGAGAGUCUCUGGCCGUCUCUUUGAGAACGAAUCAAGCUUUGACAGCACAACUUGGUGCGACCGUCCCCGAAUCGAAUCCUGAAAUCCAACGCCAGGAAACGCCUCGAAUCGAACGUUGUCGGAUUCUGGAUGUCUCAUUUUGGACACGAUACGUGGAGGACGCACCUGUCAACACGAGAGGCUGGGUCUUCCAAGAGAGGUUGAUGGCGCCACGCGUGCUGCACUUUUGCCAGAAUCAAAUUGCCUUCGAAUGUCGACAUCAUUAUGCUGCAGAAUCAUGCUGGACGGGGCUUCACAAUUUCCGGAUGCAAGGAGGAGACAUUGUGCAAAGAGACAAAUUCAAAAGUCUCAUACCACAUAGAGACAAUGGAAGCCUUGGGAACUUGGAGUCUGAUAAUCCGUUCCUAGAUCCAACAUCGCAGAUAGAUAUCUAUCGGCGCUGGAAGCGUGUGGUAGAAGUAUAUUCGAAGAUGCGGCUCACCAAUCCCAAGGACAAGCUCAUUGCGCUUGCUGGCGUGGCUCAAAUGACAUUCGAUGAGAAUCAUGAUUUCUACGUGGCAGGCAUGUGGAGGACCUAUCUUGAAAGUCAGCUGUUGUGGUUCGUCGAUGCGGUAUACGAGGAUGGUCGAUUCUAUUACAGGUCCGAGCGACCAAAGUUCUACCGUGCUCCUACCUUUUCUUGGGCAGCCGUAGAUGUACCACAUGGGAUCAACUACGGCGAGAUCACCGAUCACGAUCUUCUGAUUUCAGUUGUGGAAGUCGACAUAUCUCCCGACUCAGAGAAUUUCAAAUUCGGUCCGGUGAAGUCUGGAUACUUAACGGUCAGAGGCGUCGUGAAUAAGGUUGAACUGGCCGAAAUACCUAUGAAUGGGUAUGUUCGGUAUGCCUGGCAUUUAGUGACCAAGACGGACACGCGAACAGUCAUGCACAGAAAUGUGUACCUCGACAGUCCCGCCAGUGACAUAAAUAUCCUCGGACGAAAUGGCAGGGUCCACUGUCUAGCAGCUCGGAAAGACACUUCUGGAUACCUUAUCUGCCUCUUACUACAAUUGGAAACCGAAGGCAACAUGGAGACGGGAAGUUAUAAGCGCAUUGGUCUGGCAAAAAUUCCUUCGUACGAAGAGGGGCAGGAGAGGAUGCUUGAAUUCUCAGACGAGGACGAGCCUAUACCUUAUGGGAACUGGGAUGCCAACUGCCAGAAGCAUACAAUACGAAUAGUAUAGCAACAAACUAUAAAUUGCUUUAUAUUGAAAAUAGAGCAUACAUGGCUAUAAUGAAUGCUUACAAAGUAUCAUAAUAAAUUGCAAGGGUUGCAAUAAUUUGCUUGGAAGCAUUCAAGCUCAGGAAACAUC